AAAAUCGAUCAUUUGGGUUUUCUCUCACUGGGCAAACCCAAACCAUAAUAGCGGUAGGAACCCAGCCCCAUCCCAUCACCGAGCUCUUCUCUUCUGAUAAACAGUGUUGUCGCUACCGGCAGAGACAGACUUGGGUGCCGUCUUCGCUCGUGGAAGGUCUGCUCGCUUCUCGAUCCUCUUCUCCUCGACGUCGAGUGCUUGUUCGGAACUGUUGGCAACGCCGCCGCGAAGGGCUUCUCCCUCGUCGUCUCUGCUCGAUUUGUUGGUGCCCAUCUCUCUCUUCGAGUUCUCCCUCUAUCCGAGGCUCCGAGCUCUCUCUGUCUCUCUCUCACUGCGACGUCUCUCUCUGAUCGGCUGUGGAUUAUUCGCCGCGCCGUCACCUUCCUUCCUCCCUCGCCGCCGUUGGCGUAAGAAAAGGUGAAGAAUAGUGAAUUCUAACGUGUGAAGAUGUCCGCGCUAUUCAAUUUCCAUUCGUUCCUUACUGUGAUACUACUUGGAAUAUGUGCCUGCACUUACUUCAAGAUGCAGUUUCCAGCAGUCCUUGAACAAAGAACUGGAUUUCGUGGGUUCUUUUGGAAGGCGGCAAGAAUAGGGGAACGAUUAAGCCCGUGGGUAUCCGUAGGUUGCUUUAUGAUGGGUGUUUCAAUAAUCUUCUUCUGAGCUACAUUAUACCUCUAAUCAGUGGUAGGUUUUCUCUUUUAAACAUACAAAUAUCGGUGGUCACGAAAUUGAUAUUCUUGCUUAAUGUGUAAUUUUAUUCCCCAUCAAAGUUUUUAAGAGUUCCCUAAACCAUAUAGUGACUUGUAAGGCUGUGUUGUUUUCUGUAUAAUAAUGUUCAUAAUUCGACUGCUGUAAUCUUUUUGUAACUCUGAUUGGCGUAUUCCCUGACAUGUUAAUUGUUCAAUGUUUAACCUGUUAAAGAAAUUGAAUCUUAAUCUGAUGGAUGCUGACUUCGUGAUCA